ACACUAGUAGGUUGUAGUCUGCCAUAAAACCUUAAAGAAGAAGGCCGUUAGAACUAGUUUUGACCCGGAAGUGAUUACGAUUACGCGAAAUAUUUUCAAUGACAAUAGAACAUGUGUUUAUGAACAUUUUAACCGUUUUUUUUUUGCGUAAAUCAUUUACAGAGAAAUGGCUUCUCCGAACCAUAGCCCGGGUGUAGAAGGGGCGGUCAGGGUAACGGCUUCGCCAGCUGGUAAAACACAGACGUUGGUGUUGGCUUCUAGCCUGGCCGGGCUCCGCGGUAAGAAGAGACCUGCUAACACCGCCAUCUCUCCUGCUGUACUGGCCAGUGGGAACAACAGCAAGAAGAAGAAAUUUCAGCCCAUCGCAAACCCGACACAAGCACAGGUGACUGCAGUGGAGGCGGUGUCUGAGGGGAAGGCAGUGGGCGUGUCUGACGCUGUAGGUCCAGCCACAACGGAACCAGCAGCCAAACCCCUGCCCUUCAAAGACCCAAUAUUUGUGCAUUCAGGGAUAGGGGGAGCUGCAGCAGGAAAAAAGAACCGGACCUGGAAAAACCUGAAACAGAUUCUGGCAGUGGAACGGACUCUACCCUGGAAGAUCAAUGACCCCAAUUACUACAGCAUCGAUGCCCCUCCCUCCCUGAAGCCAGCCAAGAAAUACUCAGACAUCUCUGGACUCCCCGCGAACUACACUGACCCCCAGACCAAGCUGAGGUUCACGUCAUCUGAGGAGUUCUCCUUCCUGCGCCUGCUCCCCACUGACGCUGUCACCGGUUACCUGGCGCUCCGCAAGGCCACCUGCAUUGUACCCUGACCUCAAGGCCUGCUGGGAGAUGGGAGUUCAGCGUGUGUCUGUCAUGGCCUGGGAGGGACAUUGACCAUUAUGGGGAACAAUGUCUAGGAGGUGUCUGAGACUCUCAGGGAGAGGGACCAACAGGGACUGUUACAGAGAGAGGGAUCCAAUGGAUAACUUUGGCCCCCUUUCGACAACAAGGGAAGCGCCUCUAGUGUCGAGAGACUAUCACUCCCAAUCUGGCUGAUGUCAUGAUGGGGAUGUCUACACAGACAUUUUGAGCUAGCUACUGUCUACAUAGAUAUUUUGAGCUAGCUACUGUCUACAGACCUUUUGAGUUGGCUACUGUCUACACAGACCUUUUGAGUUAGCUACUGUCUACACAUCUGAGUUGGCUGUCUACAGGAAAAACAAUAGAGUGAAUAACUUGACCUUCCUAUGUUGAUUGCUCCUUGAUCUGUCUGAAAUCAUGUGUUUGUUAUGUUGCUGUAUGAUGAUAGUGUUGCUACUUGUUUUAUCUGCCCUCUGUAAGAUAACACUCAACAUAUUGUUACCUGUUUUUUAAUGUAUUUAUAAAACAAAAUACUUAUCAUCCUUACUGAACGAACUAGUUGUGCCACAUUCUGUAAUCACCUGCUGUAAUGAGAUUUGACAGCUUUAAAAGAUGACUUUCUCUUUC